AUGUAUUGUCAUCGAUCGUUGCUGCUAGCAACAUUGAGCACCUGUACUUGCCAACUUGUCCACGCUCAAGCUUCCAGUUCUCAGUUGCUGGCCUACACUGUGCCCGCUGGAUUUCCAACCAGCCUUUUCCCGGCGUACUACAUUCCAGCAUCGCCAACUCAAGAGCCACAACCAAUCAUUUAUGAUGCAGCAUUGAACUACACCUUUCCUCUUGAACUGACAAACCCAUAUACUAUCCCUGAGGAGGAUGAGGAUCCGAUCUACUAUCCAACGCCCUUAUACUCCGUUACAAACGGAAGUGCUAUUGUUGCCGAUGCCAUCAGUCAAGUACAGUCCAUCAUCUCUGGAAGCGGGUCCAAUUGCUCCAAAUGCAUCUCAGCCUUGGAAGUAGGCCAAUAUGUUGCUCAGCGGGUCCCAUCCAUGGUUCCAGAUUUGCUGGUCGAGCUUUGCAUAAGCAACGGCCUCCACUCCAACACUACCUGCCAGGAGGAUUUCGAAGCAACGACCUUUGGCGCUGUUUGGACUCAGAUUCUCGCCUUGGCCGAUGUCUCGGGAUCUGAUGGCCAAUACAUUUGCAACUCCAUCAGUAGCACCUUUUGCACAAUGCCAUCAACUCUUCCAUCCAACACUACCGGAUAUUUUGGUCCAAAGCCGGCCAAUUUGAAGGUUCCAAAGCCGAGCGGCAAGCGGGUCAAGGUCCUACACAUGAGCGAUAUGCACAUCGAUCCUCGUUAUGCUGUCGGAUCAGAAGCCAACUGCUCCAGCGGUCUGUGUUGCCGCGCUAAUGCAGCAAGCACUUCGUCAAAGGUCUCCCUUCCAGCACCGUUGUAUGGCGCUUUCAAAUGCGACAGCCCCUAUUUUCUUUUGACUUCUGCGCUCGAGUCCAUUGCGCCGUUGACUGGGACCACUCACAACAAUAAAUCCGACUGCGAUCAAUUUGCGUGGAGCAUUUAUACCGGUGACUUGGUCUCCCACGAAAGCCAGAACGAACUAUCCCGUAACUACACCAUGUAUGCAGAAUGGUCCAUCUAUCAUAUGCUUAAGGCAUAUAUUCCCAGCGGGCCAAUCUUUCCAGUCUUGGGAAAUCAUGAUAGCAAUCCCGAGGCUAUUGACUCUCCUCACUCAAUGCCAGGAAACCUAGGCCAGCAACAAUCUUGGAACUAUGACCACGUUGCCUCGCUUUGGCAGCAGAACAACUGGAUCACGCCUGAAGCCGCCAAUGAGGCUCGCAUGCACUAUGCAGCCUACAGCAUCAACCAUCCUGUCUAUCCAAAGUUGAGGAUCAUUACGCUGAAUACUGAUUUCUGGUACAAGUCGAAUUUCUUGAACUUCAUCAACACCACGAACCCCGAUGUAAGCGGCAAUUUGAAAUUCCUUGCCAAUGAGCUCCAGGAUGCAGAGAACAAAGGCGAGCGAGUCUGGAUCAUUGGACACGUUUUGACCGGCUGGGAUGGAUCGAAUCCUAUUCCCAACCCCACAGAUCUCUUCUACCAAAUCAUCGACCGCUAUUCGCCUCAUGUCAUUGCCGGCAUCUUCUUUGGGCAUACCCAUGAAGAUCAGUUCAUGAUCUACUAUGCCAACAAUGGCACUGUUCAAGAUGCAGCUCAUGCCUUGAAUGUUGGCUGGAUUGGGCCUAGCGUCACACCUCUGACCAACCUCAACAGCGGAUACCGCAUGUACGAGGUCGAUACAGGUGACUUCUCGAUCUACAAUGCCUACACUUAUUACGCCAACGUCAGCGCCUUUGGUGCCAUCAACGCCAAUGAGACGGGACCAGUCUGGAACUUUGAGUAUUCCACUCGGGACGCGUACGCGAUCGGCUGGCCAGAGAACGCGCCGCUCAAUGCAACCUACUGGCACAAGGUCACAGAAGCCAUGGCGGCCAAUCAUACUCUUGUCAGCAUGUUCAACACUUUCGACGGCAAGAUGAGUGUCAAGACACCAAACUGUACGAGCACUGCUUGUGCCGAAGCUAAGAUUUGUUACAUGCGAAGUGGAAGCGUGGCUCUGGGCAAACAGUGUCCUCAAGGAUUCGGUUCCGUUCAGAGUGCGUUCACUGGCAAGAACUUCUGA